GUCACUUUGUAUGCGAAUCGUCCACAGCUUUGACACAAUUGUGGGCAAGAAUUGGAAAGUUGUGUCAAAACGGGUGAAGAAUAUUGAGUGGAGAUAAUGGGCGAAGAAGUGGACGACACGAGUGGUAUCUCUUUCGUGACGGCAAUCCAUAAGCGAUACGUCGAGACCUGUAUUAUUCCCGAAGAAGUGCUUCAUUUGCCACAACCCUUAGGAAAGGACAGAACCAUUGAAUUGAUUGGUUUCGAGAAGUCUGUGAAACGAGUGACAGAAGUGAUUGUCUCGCGAAUGAGAAUCUCUUGUUGCGGUGAUAACUGUCACCAAUUUCAGCAAGUGUUGAGUGGAGCCAAGACUUUGGUGUUGUCUAACAAUUUGCUGACCGAGUGGUCAGAAGUGGCAAAAAUAGUCUCUCAUAUGGAGUCACUGACGGACUUAGUCUUAAGUUAUAACAAACUAAAGGUUCCCACGAAUGAAGAACUGGACAAACAGUGUCUGAAGUCCAUUAAGACACUAGUGAUCGAUAAUCUGGAGUACGACUGGAAUGAGAUCUUAUGGUGCGCUCAGAUGUGGCCAAACAUCUCGCAGCUGGAAGUGUGGGGCAACACAAUCACUGAACUCAAGACACCGCAUGUGUUGACACAAUUGAAUCAUUUAAGUCUCCGUAACAACAAUAUCGAGGACUGGCAUCGGGUCUGCACUUUGGGAACACUUCCGCAACUCAAAUAUCUGGAUAUUUCUGAUUGCAAUAUAAAGUCAAUACAUUUCGAUGACUCCAACUAUGACCACAAGACCACACUUUUCCCACAAUUAGAGUCUCUAUUGAUUAGUAGUAAUAAAUUGAAGACUUGGAAAGACAUCGCAGAACUGAACAAACUGUCAAAACUGGAACAACUCUUUUGUAAGAAUAAUCCGGUUUUCGAUUGCGACAAAUACGACAACAAUUUCAAUCUUAUUUUAUCGAGAAUUGAAAAUCACAGAAGCGAUGCGAAGAGACGCAGAAAUCGCUUAUUUGAGGAAAACAUUUAAAACUUAUGAAACGAGUAAAACUUUAAGCGAAGAGAAAUUGCAUGAAUUUAUGACUGAAAAUCCCACAUUUGAGAGCAUUUUAUCCAAAUUCGGGACACCUUUUGGUGCGGAAAAUGCUUCCAAAGCAGAGACCGACA